GUCUUGCUGACAAAGUGACUCAUUGACAAACUAUAAAAGAGGUAAAUAAUUUAUAUAUGUAAUUUGAUUAAUGCAAAGAAUUCAAUGACAGUAAUGUUUUAAUCUUGCCGUGAUAUAUAUGAUUUAGUGUAACAAAAAGCAACUAGGUUGAAGAGCACGUAGUAUAUUUGUUAAGCAAUUGCAAGCGAAAAUGCCAGGAUUAGCAACAAUGUCUCUGGAUAAUAUGUUCUGUACCCGUUGUGGGGACGGCUUUGAACCCAAUGAAAAAAUUGUCAACUCUAAUGGAGAACUUUGGCAUACCAACUGUUUUGUGUGUGCGCAAUGCUUCCGUGUCUUUCCUGAAGGCACAUUCUAUGAGUUUGAAGGCCGUAAAUACUGUGAACGUGACUUCCAGGUAUUGUUUGCUCCUUGCUGUGGAAAAUGUGGUGAAUUUGUAAUUGGCCGUGUGAUUAAGGCAAUGAAUGCCAACUGGCAUCCUUCAUGCUUCCGUUGUGAGGAAUGUAAUGUGGAGCUGGCUGAUGCAGGUUUUAUUAAAAAUGGUGGGCGUGCCCUCUGCCAUACUUGCAAUGCUCGCAUCAAAGCUGAUGGGUUGUUGAACUACAUGUGCCAUAAGUGCCAUGGCGUAAUCGACGGCGAACCGCUGCGUUACCGUGGCGAAGUGUAUCAUGGCUACCACUUCACAUGUGCCACCUGCGGAGUGGAACUCGAUCAUACAGCUAGAGAAGUCAAACAUCGCCCUGGAUAUGCUGCCAAUGAUGUGAAUAAUCUCUUCUGUCUCCGUUGUCAUGACAAGAUGGGUAUACCCAUUUGCGGUGCUUGCCGACGCCCUAUCGAGGAGAGAAUUGUCACUGCCCUUGGAAAGCAUUGGCAUGUUGAGCACUUUGUAUGUGCCAAAUGUGAGAAGCCAUUCCAUGGUCAUCGCCAUUACGAGAAGAAGGGCCUUGCCUACUGCGAGCAGCAUUACCAUCAACUGUUUGGAAACUUGUGCUAUGUGUGCAACCAAGUCAUUGCUGGUGAUGUUUUCACGGCAUUAAACAAAGCAUGGUGUGUACACCACUUUGCCUGCUCCGUGUGUGAUGCACCUCUGAGUACCCGAAGUAAAUUCUACGAAUAUGACGAACGCCCUGCCUGCCGACGCUGUUACGAGAAGUUCCCAGCCGAAUUGCGCCGCAGACUGCGUCGUGCACACCACUACACUAUCCGACGUUAAAAUAUAAGGCUUCCCGAAACAUGAAUCCCACAAUCUCCAUAAAAACUGUUUGAAUUUUAAUAUUGUUUUAUAUGUCAGCAAUUAAAUGCUGUGUGCUGUUGCCUUUGUCUAAGGUCGUACGACACUAGGAAAAGUACAAAAUUCAUUCCGAUAUUGUGAACCACCAAGUUUUCAUUGAGCACUAAUUAAUUGACGUUAUUAACGAGAUAACUCCUGUAUCUAACCAAUUCAAUGUUGUUAUAGUAAACUGCAUUUAACACUUGUUUCGGACUUUUGUCCUUAGUGACUGGUACAAUUUUCUUAUUAAUUUGCCUCAUAAAUUAUUGUGCCUUAAUAUGUUAAUUUUGUGCCUAAAUAGUAAUAAAAAGAAAGUAUAUUUAAUAACAAUUAGAUCUUAUGUUACUGAUAAUUUUAUUUAAUAUAGAUUUUUAUAGAUGUUAUUGUAAGUGAAAGUGUAGUCACCUAUUAUUUUAUGGAUUUUUGAUCAUUGACUACUACUCUAUUAAGAUUAACAAUUUAAGCGUAGAAUUAUGAAAUAAAAAUAUAUAAAAUAUGUACUAACAAUUAUUUUUGUAUCAACUUAUCUUACUAAUAAUGAUGAAAAUAUAUUCAAAUAUUUGUAACAAAAA